AAUUUGAUUCCUCGUGUCUUUUAUCCUUCUUUCUCCUUGCUACUUCUUCUUCCUUGGGGGCUUCUCUUCGUCGACUUUUUCGAUUCCAGAACUAAAAACUCGCUGAAACUCGGCCGUCGACUCCUCGCCUCACCUUUGGCCGUUUCUGGUAACGUUGCCCUCGAAGUCGCAGCUGUGCCGAGUGAGAGCAGCCAUUUGGCCGACGAAGGAUCAGAAUCACUCAGCUGGUUCGCGCUGGAUCUUGUAGGUUGA